UGUAUUUGUUGUCUUUUAUGCAAAGUGAAGUACAUUGCAUUCAAGGUAUACAUUUGAAUUCAUUUUCUUUUUUGACUGAGAAUUGCUGCCUACCACUUUUUUUUUUUUAGAAUAUUGAACUUUAUAUUUAGAAAUUAAACAGUGAGCAAUUAUUUGGCAUUUCCCCUGAUCUCUAUUAUAGAUCAUUGAGAAUUUUGUACUUUGAACCAAUGCCUGUGAGUCUGGUCUGGUCACAUGUUCGUGACAUCACUACAUUCUGACACGACGAAUCGUUCAAAGACGUUACUAGGGUGGAGUUUAUGAAUGAGUCUAAAGUUUACUUUCUGUUUUAGAUCUUUUUAAAGGGAGGUUUUGUUGUUUUUUUAUUAUGCUGUCAGGUUUCUCACACUGGGCAUGAUGGAGGAGAGCUUCCCUUUUCAUUACUCUUUAUUGGAAUACCUGUUUACUUUGGUAGGAUUGUUAAUGUUCCUGCUGGAUAUAGUGCUGGACAUUUGGACUGUUGUGUCAUUCUAUCAGGAUGGGGCCUAUGUGGUUAUGGCAGUGAUGAUCUUUCUGCUGCUGGGCUCUUCAGUGUUGUUACAGGUGUUCAGCUGGCUCUGGUACUCUGAUUCAAUGAACAAGAUUGAGACUAAGGUGGAGAAAUUUACAGACCGGCAUUCAUUGAUCAAACCAUUCCACUUCAUGCAGCUCGGCGUCUACCUCAGGUAUGCUGGAGUGAUAGAGAUUUCCACAACAUAUUUUCUUCAGCACACUAAUAGUUUCACAGAGGGUGUGGCUGUGUACCUGAACCAUGAUCUUCAGAUGCUUCGUCUAUUUGAGACAUUCUCUGAAAGUGCCCCACAACUCAUACUUAUGAUGACUAGAAUCCUACAGAGAGGAGAGCUGGAGCUUAUUACAGGUUUUAAAAUUCUCACAUCAGCUGCUGCAAUUUCCUGUAGCGUUGCUAUGUACCACCGCAGCAUGCGUGCCUUUCUUCCUGCAAAACGCAAGAUGAGUUGGAUCUCCACUGGUGUCUACUUCAUGUGGAACUUGUUGCUGAUCAUUCCCCGUGUAACUGCUCUGGCACUCUUCUGCAGUGUAUUGCCAUGCUACAUCAUAGCUCACUUCCUGUCCCUGUGGAUGCUGCUGGUUUUAGCGGCCUGGAGCCAGAAAACAAAUUACAUGGAACAUUCUGGUUGGGAAUGGCUCUACAGAGCUUCCAUUGGACUCAUUUGGUACUUCAGCUGGUUUAAUGUAUCAACAGGAAGCAUAAAAUUGAAGUCAAUUCUCUAUUAUAGUUUCAUGGCUUUGGACACAAUGAUGCUCCUGGGCUUCUGGUGGUGGAAGGUGUUUGAGUAUGCAGGCUGCUGGAGCUCCUUAAAUCCUCUUAUUGUGAUCCCGACACUACUUGGUUUGUACGUCAUCGGAAUAAUAGUGAAAAUUAUAUACUAUAGAUUGUUUCAUCCCAACUGUGAUGAAAAGAAAAUCGCUGAACCCAUUGAAGAAGAGCAGCUCAGACAAGCAGCAGCAUGUUAUGACAUGACAGACUCGGUACAGACUUCACUUCACAUUUCAGCUGCAGCUCCUGCUCAACCUUUCGCUAGAGUUCCCAACAGACAUAGAAAAAUGGCUGCUAACUUCUACUCUUAGUUCUUGGUUCUACUUUUUAAAACCACCCCCACCCCAAUUUCAUCAUAAUUUAUUGCAGUUAAUGUUUAUUUAUAAAAAUGUAUUUAUAAUGUAUUUUUCUACAAAGAAUACCUUGAUUUUGUACAAAAAUGUUUUGAUAUUGUAGCAUUUUCUGUUGUGUAAAUAAUUAAUAAUAUACAUUUCCUUUGUUUGACUGA